AGAAAAGGAUAUUUUAGUAUGAAUGCGAUGCUUAUUUGUGACAGCAAUAUGAUAAUACGUGCGGUUGAUUCACGAUACCCCGGCGCAAGCCAUGAUUCUUUCGUAUGGAAUGUAAGCAAUGCGCGGCAAUAUUUUCUACAGGAAUACGAAAAUGGAGACCGAUCAUCAAGACUACUGGGCGAUUCCGGAUAUGGUAUAGAACCAUUUAUGUUAACACCCUAUCGGGAUCCCCAAUAUGCAUCUCAACAAUAUAAAUUUAAUAACGCGCAUUCCUCAGCCCGCAACAUAAUAGAACGAACUAUAGGAGUUUUAAAGAGCCGAUUUCGUUGCUUGCAAAGGACUUUACACUAUCAACCUAAGAAGGUAGUUAAAAUUGUAAAUGUCUGUUGCGCGCUGCAUAACAUCUGUCGACAGUAUAAUGUAGAAUGGAAUGAAAAUGCUAAUCUUACUACAUCAGAGAAUUUUCAUGAAGACACUUUUAUGCUGCAAACUAGCAAUAUGCAAAAUGAGGGCCGUAGAAUAAGGGAUGAGAUUGCUAAUAGUCUUUAAGCAAUAAUGUCAUCACCUACAAGAUUAUAGUAUACUACGGUCUAUGUUACAUGCAAACUUUGAAUUUAUUUAGGAAGAAGGGAGAAACAGAGUACCGCUCUAUUAAGGUCAUAUAUAAGGGGAAUUAUGAUCAGGAUGAGUAGCUGGUUAAAUAGGCAAAGAAAACAAAACAUAAGGUGCGAAUGCGUGACUAUUAUUCAAUGGAUACACUUUACAUUUGAACCGAUGAUGCAAAGACGGUCGACGAAAAAGUCUUUGCUUUGGAUUUAAAACCUGAUGAAUUUGUGACAGCCAUAGUUAAAUAACGUGUCGCUUAAGUCGGAGGUUAUGCUUUGCAGGUUGCCAAGUAAAAGGAAAUUAAUGAUGAUUAUUGAAACAUGAAGAAAGUAUGAAUAUUCCCUUUUUGCUUUGAAUAAUUCUUCUGCAGGUAUCAUCGGGGCCGUAUCUUGCUCCAGUACCAAUUUAACAACAGGCACAUAUCAAGAAUGUACUUGAGGAUUUUGUUAAAUUGGUGAUUCCGAUACGAAACUAUGGCAAGCUGGUGAAAGUGCAUACAAAAAUGCUGCAUUCAAAAGUGCGAAUAUUCAACUAACGCCAAAGCAGGUGGUCUAUGUGAGAAUGCCGAGGUUUGCACGGUUAAGUGGCACAUAAACGUUUAGAUGAAUACUAUGAGAGUUGUAAGUAAUUUACUACCGAAUUUUUUUAAGCCUGUUGGGAAAACAAUUUUUGCUUUUAUUUAGUUAGGUGUUAAUUACAAAUAAGAGUUUUACAUACAGUCACUCACACAAGUAUUCGUAAUUUAGUUUUUUUCACAAUAUUCAAAAUGUUUUCCUUCAUAAAUCUUUUUUGUUUUAUGUAAAAUAUAGCUGAUUCUAUACAAAAAACCAUAUUAGCCAAUCUUGCAAACUUUGUACAAAAUUCACAAGUUAAUCAAACUUUAAAAAAUGUUCAU